UCUCUAGCCUCAAAGCCUCGCCCACGGUCACGCGCCACCACAAAUAAAACAUGCUAUUGGCUGUCUUGACCGUCAAUCAUUUCUGACUCCCUAUCGCGGAGCUUCGCGCUAUCUUUCGUUCUGCCCUGUUCGGGGAAAAGAGCCUGCGGCGGGCGCACCAGCCCAGCCUCGUUUUCUCUGCCUCGCUUUGGGAUUGGCUCAUCCACACCUACGUAUCAAGGAAUCUAGCCCUCCGAUUGGAUAAGAUGGUAGAUAGGCGGGGGAAAGGUGGAACGAUUGGAUAACGGUCAUAAACGGUUGCUCAGAUUGAACAGUUUUAUCGGGCUGUUCCACUAAUUUGGGGGGGGGGGUGGAGAUGCAAAGGAUUGUACCACUGACCUAUACCUCUGUCAAUAAUGGGAAGACCGUACCACCAACGGGGGGUGUUACAGGCUAUACCACUGAUCAAUUGUGCCACUGACCUAAAUGAGGGAAUUGUGCUGUGCCAGUGACCUGGAUGGUGGGGGGCCAUGAUGGUGCCACUGAACCGAUGGGGGAGGGAGAGGUAAAUGGAGGUGUGUAUGCAAGGACCUGAUCAUGGGCUGCACAAGUGGACUGGACUGAGUGAGAGGUGCAUGCUGGGAUCCCUAAUCUCCAUGUGCCAUGAGUCUGUUGGAGCAGUGCAUGCUGGGAGCUGUACAUGGAGCUCACGAUGGAGCAGUGCAUGCUGGGAGCCCUAAUCCCCAUGUGCCAUGCAUGGAGAGUCUGAUGGAGCAGUGCAUGCUGGGAGCUGUACAUGGAGCUAUGAUGGAGCAGUGCAUGCUGGGAGCCCUAAUCCCCAUGUGCCAUGCAUGGAGAGUCUGAUGGAGCAGUGCAUGCUGGGAGCUGUACAUGGAGCUCACGAUGGAGCAGUGCAUGCUGGGAGCCCUAAUCCCCAUGUGUCAUACAUGGAGAGUCUGAUGGAGCAGUGCAUGCUGGGAGCUGUACAUGGAGCUCACGAUGGAGCAGUGCAUGCUGGGAGCCCUAAUCCCCAUGUGUCAUACAUGGAGAGUCUGAUGGAGCAGUGCAUGCUGGGAGCUAUACAUGGAGCUUAUGAUGGAGCAGUGCAUGCUGGGAGCCCUAAUCCCCAUGUGCCAUGCAUGGAGAGUCUGAUGGAGCACAGUGCAUGCUGGGAGCCCUAAUCCCCAUGUGUCAUACAUAAGGAACAAGAUGGAGCAGUGCACGCUGGGGAGGCUAUCAUCCUCAUAGGCAGCACCUCCUGCCCACUUGAGUCAAGCUGAAGCUUUGCAUACCAGGAGGAGUCCUCUCCGCUGUAGUCUGCUCCACUGAAUACAGUUUAGUUGUAGCAUCUGGAUUUUGGUGGGUACUACUGUGAAUCCCUCAUCUGAGCAGGAGUUAGGGAGCUGCUGAGCUGUGGCUUUUCUCCUCCAGAGCUCCGUCAGAGUAGCUGAGAUGGCUUCUUCCAGACAGCUGCCUCCUCUUUCUGCCACCAAAGCUCCACCGGAUCCCUCCUGGCUUUGGCUAGUUCAGUUCUCCUCUCUUCCCUUUGCACUACAGUGUCACUGCGUGAAGCCCCCUUCCAUGUGAUUUUGUUCUAUCAAGAAAUGGCUUGGAUUCAUCUGCAAGGUGAUGUGUGUGGACUGUACAGAAUCCCUUGUCUGGUUUGAGGCCAGUUAUGUACAUGGCAAAGUCUCCCAAUUGUUGCCCACCAAGCCCUGUCUCUCUCGACAAGCUCCCCCAAGUCCUUCCUCAGUUCUUACUGGUUCUCCAGGCCUUCUUCUACCUGAACCUGUUGCCCUCAGCCUGGGAGUAUAGUGACCUGUUUGAGCUGACCGCAGGGUGUUUCACUUGUGAUUUUCAGCACUAAAAGGCAUAAACUGGAGCUAAAGGAGUAACUGUAAUAGCUGGCAACUGUAAUGGGCUUUUAACUUCUACACCAGCUGGUGGAGAGGGACAAAGACCCCCACUGUCCUAGAGUGGGUUACAUAAGCUCCUUAGGACAGGGAAAUGUGCAGCACUCUGCCUUUUGUAAAGUACAAGCCCUGUGCUAUAAAUGAUCACAAGUAAUAAUCAACAGCACGUCCUCCCUGCCCUUCAGCCCAAACAAACAAAUCAUCAACAAGCCUCCUGAUACUAAGAGAAUGGGCCAACGGGACAAAAGGGAGAUAUGCAUGUCACAAAAGAAGGGAAUGUAGUGCAGAAAAGCUGGAGCGGGUGGAGGAUUAAGGUCCUCGAGGGAGAGCAGUUAAAUCUGCAUGCCAAGCCCUGGUUUACUUAGCAUGAAGCACCACAAGAGAACCUUCUGAACCUCCAUGUAACUUCAGCAGGACUCGUGUGAGAAAGCGGUCAUCAGAGUCAGAGAUUCCAAGGCCAGAAGGUACCAUUGUGAUCAUCUAGUCUGACCUCCUAUAUAACACAGGCAUUGAACUUUCUCAAAAUAACUCCUAGAGCAUAUAGUAAAAAACAAACAAACACAACAUCUAUACUUGUUAAGAAUUCACCAUAACUUUGAUAAAUUCCAAUGGUUAAUUUCCCUCCUGGUUAAAAAUUUACACUUUGUCUCCACUGAGAAUUUGUCUGGCCUCAACUUAUAGCCAUUGGAUCUUUGUCUGCUAGACCGAGGAGCCCAUUAUGAAAUAGUUGUUCCCUGUGUAGGUGACUUGUGACCGUUAUCAGUUGAAGGUGUCACAAUCUAACCCUUUACAACUAUCAUUAUACUCACAUUGCUAAUGCCCCCAUCACCACGGUACCGGGCAGAAUUUAAAAUAGGGUGACUAACUUUCCAAGCAAAAGAAGAUAAAUAAUCGUUAAUAAUUUAAUAUUAUUAACAAUGUUUGAAUUGUUACUUGGAAAGAAACUGUCCUCAGAUUCUUUAAUCCUUUCGCCUUUUAGGCCGAUAAGCGUCAGAGACACCACCACGUUCAUAGGAGCGUAAGGUGACGCAGGCACAGGGUGCAGACAUCGAUUGUUAACGGAUUAUCCUCACUGUUUGAAUGUGGACACUGGGUCACCACUUACCUGAAAAGCCAGGGCCUUCAGCUCUGUGUAGUCCAGAGUGUAGCUGUACUUUCUGUGAAAAUCACCUAGCUUCUGACUGAAAUGGAGGGGUGAUUUGCUCCAAUCUGGCUGUGAUGAAAGCUGCUGUGCCAAGAUCUCAAAGCUUUCCACUGUGAGCGCAGACCCACUGCAAGACGGAAGCAUUUGCAACUAUUCCACAGCUGUCUAGGGCUUCACCAUUGUCACUGCGCUGCCUUCAGAAGCCAGUGAGAACAUCUCAGCAAUAGCACCUAUCUAUCUAUGGUACUUACUUAUUGGCACAGCCCAGGGCAGCUGCUCCUGUAUUCCUCAUUGGUCCAGCAAGGACUCUCCCUCUCUGGCUUUGGGCUGUCAUGGCCGUGGAGACACGUAUCUUCUCUCCCUUCUGACCAGGAUAUCUCCAGCCUGAACAGUUCCCUGCCUUCUCCGUGUUCUUCUCAGCAAAAGACAAGCUACUGAAGCAAGCUUUUCUUGCGUUCUCUUCAGAGACUAAACAACCCAGCAAUUGCCAACAGUAACUAAGUCAUCACACAGUUCUUAAUAAGCAGCCAUAUUUUAUUUUCAAGGGAAUACAGAGAAGACUUAUUAAAAACAAUAGAAGAACCUAUCUGCGUAAUGUUACCCAAAAUUGGACCAGCUAGUGAGCUUAGGGAGAACAAUGACCCACCAGAGUUUGGCAGAAAGCAGCACAUUUAUUAUACAGAUAGCUAAGCUCAAAAUAAUGGGGUGGAGGGGGGGGGGUCACACACUCGCAUACUCACGCUCCCCGGACAGGCAUGGCACUGGAGAUGUCAGGAUCCUUCAGGGUUAUACAGAGCAUACAGAUCACUGCUGCUCCUACAACACAUGCUGGUCUGAGAUCCCACCCCUCCAACAGGGGCACUGGCAGGAGCGGUGCUUGCAAACCCCACCCAGGGAUUUCACCUCAUUGCACAUUCAUCCCACCCUCAGCUGAGAACCAGCACAGCCAGGAAAAGUUUCCUCCAGCCUUCAUACCCUUUGGAGGUCUUUGAACUGCCCACGAAGAGGCAACAAUGAAUCUCUGCUUCAAAAGGCUAGAUUUGAGGUGGGUCAUUUGCACUUCCUUCACCCCCCCCCCCAAGUAUUUCCUAGGAAAUACACUUUGCUCAUAUUGCCCCCCCCCGCCCAAGUCCUCUGAAGUCCCUAAUAUCUUCCAGAGAUUUCAUUAACAUGUCCUCUCGCCUAAAGAGGUUCCAUACCAUCCCACGCUCGCCCAUGAACAUUUGCGUUUUCACGACAACGGACUCCCAGAAUCCUUAACCUUCAUUCCAUAAGGUUCAACAUGAUUCCAUAAGGUUCGGCCAGGAUACUCCUGUAUCUGUCCCAAUUACUUAUGACCUGUAGGAUCUGAGUACCUCACAAUCCAUGUGACACUCAACGUGGAGAUGUUUCCGAGUUUCUCAAAUAAUGAACCACCCUGGCAUGUCGAACAGCUGGCUCAGGCUAGCAGGGCUCAGGCUGGACCCUAGGUUCUGGGACCAUCCUGCCUUGUGAGGUCUCAGAGCUCAGGCUCCAGCCCAAGCCUGACCGUCUACAUGGUAAUUCUAUAGGCUCGCAGUCCAAGCUCCAUGAGCCUGAGUCAGCUGAUCCAGGCCAGCUGCGGCCUCGCUGCAGGUCUUUCAUCGCAGUGUAGACGUACCCUUUGUCCUGCUCUGCAAUCUGCCAGCCCCCCUCUCUCCCUCCGGGGCUCAAUGCCAAUUCUCUUUGCUGUCGUUUACGCCACUGUGUCAUUGGCGCAAACCAAAUCAGCGUUUGACAGCCAUUUUACCCUGGUGUAAACGACCACGCACAGGAGAGGGCAGUGGGGAAUUUGGCCCCAGGUCUUUUCCUUUGCAGGGUGUUUCAUUGCCAUAGUUUCAGCUGCCAACGUCACCAAAAAAUCACAAGCACCCAGGAGGGCAGAAUGGAGCUAUUAUUGCACCGCAUUAACUCUCUCGUCUCCUUUGCUGGUUCUGCGCUCUGCUUCUCUGAGCCGUCAUGACACAGGUCAGGAGCUGGGGCUCUGCAUUUGCCAUGUCCAGCGGAAUCCCUGGCUGCUGAUCCUCCGCAAUCCUGUGCAGGCCAGUGAUCCAGCACCCACCCCGCACCUUACAGAGGAUAUGGGCCAACCUCUGCCCCAAACACCAGUCUCUCAGGCACCUGACAAGUCCCAGAAGCAUCAUGCGGAUGGGCAGCAACCUAACCCCCUCCAAGCACAGUUUGGAUUUCUCGGGGCACCAGGCAAUGCUUCCCCUUGCUGGCUGCGCUCAUCAAAAUCUAAUUCGCCCUCCUGAGCCCCUUGGAGACAGCUGGGGAACAGAAGGUGUCAUGCUCCAGCGAGCAGGGCAAAGCAGCUGUCUCGCCAUCGGCCUGCAGGGUUGCUAAGUGGGCAUCAAUCUUGCAUCACUUUGCUGGGGCCACGGUCGAGUGUGUGUGUGGGAUAAGUUUACAAUGUCACCUCCAGUCCCUCCUCCAUGGGUGUCUGCUUUCAGCGAGCGCGACCAGUGGCUGUCACCGGUGCUGAUGGACUAACACUUCAGCGCCGCAGGGAUCCAGCAAGUGUCUCAUGCUGGGCUCCUCUGGGAACACCCCGCUGCCAGGGCCUUUUCUCUCCUGCAACCCUGCAGGGUGGUUUUAUCAGAGCAGACAGAAAUCCCCACCUGUUAGCAUUUGCUCUCAGGAUCAGCAGUAGUUUUGGAGCAGGGGGAGAGCAAGAGCCGCGGAAGACAGCCCGGCCCAAUAAAGGAUUGGUUCCGUUUGUGCAUCCACGCCGUGUCCGGGAUGGCAGAGGUGGGGCAGAGAAAGACACCUGCCAUCACUGCUCAUGAGACCGGCCCCAGGCCGGGACAGUACCGACUGCCUCCUACUGUCGGAUUUGUCAACCACGACUACACCAAGUUAACCAGCCCAGAUUAUUCCUUUCACAGGAGACUCAACAACGGCAUGUAUUUCAAAGAUUCAAGCCCAGGUCCCUGCUAUUACGUGGACCCGCAACUCACUCGCUUUGGCAGGAGCGGAGGCCCAUCCUAUUCCAUGCUGGCGAGAUCAAAGACCCUGGCGCAGCCACGGACCCCUGGGCCGGGCAGGUACAGUCCAGAGAAGGCCCCACCUGUCACUCAGCGCAGGCCACCGUCUUUCACCAUGGGAUCUCGUACCAAGUAUCGGUGGGUGGAUCCCGUCCCUGCCGCGAACAGCUACACUCUCCCCUCACUGCUGGGCUCCCGGGUCCCCAGCAAACCGUCCAGCCCUAGUGUCACCAUCUCAGGACGGAACAAACACGUUGGCUUUUCUGAGGACUUGUCUCAAAAGCCCGGCCCCGGCCAUUACAACGGGACAGAUCCCAACACCUACUUGCACCAAGCACCUGCCUUCUCCAUUCGGGGGCGACGCAGUGCGCCCAGGGCUGCCUUCCGGACACCGGGGCCUGGAACGCACAGCCCUGAAAAGGUGACCGCUCACAAGACAAGAGCUCCAGCCUACUCCCUGGGUGUCCGGCACUCCGAAUUUGUCACUCCUCUCAUCGUGGAUGUUUCCCAGUGACAGAGCAGUGGGGCGGCAAUUCCCUGGCAUCAGGUCACUGGCCUUGACUUACCUUCCCUGCCUUGAUCUACUGGAUCGCCAGUGACUCAGACUGGAAGCUCUUUGCUUUGCCCCCAGCCCAUUCAUGCCACGCAGUCCUGGGAGAGCUUCCAAGCAGCAGAUGUGCCAGCACUUGAGACAUUUAAAACAGGGCCAGUCCAAACCUCUGCAGCAGGCGGAGUCUUCCUAGGGUUGCCAACCUUCCAGGAUUGGCCUGGAAUCACCAGGGAUUAAAGAUUAAUCUUGAAUUAAUGAUUAUUUCCUCAUGUGAUGAAAUCUCCAGGAAUACAUCCAAUCAGGCUUGGCAACCCUAAGUUUUCCACCUCUGGCCUCUGUGACGCUUUGAUUCCCUAACAGCUUCCACAAACUGGAUUCUGAUCUUCCCACUUGGAGACCCAAAGUUUCUCUAAUAAAUAGCAGCUAAGAGUCCGGUGGCACCUUAUAGACUAAUGGAUGUUUUGGAACAUGAGCUUUCGUGGGUGAAUACCCAC